GAAGAAGUCGAAAAAGUCACGAGCUCCAGGAAGCCUAGUUUGACUUAGAUAUAGACUAUCAAUGAAGCACUCGAAAAAUGGAUAUAAAUAGUUCGGUAGCCCUGCAGUGCGCACGAUGUGACUGAUCUGUCAAAGAGAAGGUUGACAUUGGCGAUAUCAUCGAACACUAGUACAGGAGUGUGAGAGAGGUAAACCAUAAGACAUAUGAUUCAUGAAACGAUGAAGUGACAAGAGAUCAAGUGAUGCGUUGAGUCGCGUAAGAAGACAUUAGCGGAGACUAGCGGAGACUAUAGCGGUACACUUCCUUUGGUAGUGACGAAAUACCGCGCGCGCUUUACGGCCACCCAUCAUGUCCUUGUCCCCAUCUGCAACAACUUCAAACGUAUCUGACGUCCCAUCCAAAAGACGUAGAACACACAGUCUUAUCGCACAAAAUAGCAACAGUAGCCAUCAAGAUAUGAGCCAAUCCCCUGGAGACACAGUCCAUUCGUCCCAUCCGCCGCAAACUACCGCCCACAUACCCAAGAGAGGCGCAAGAGCCUGUACCGCUUGCAGGAAAGGUAAAAACAGAUGUGAAGGAGAGGCUCCUUGUCGUCGAUGUCAGUUGAGCGGUACUGCAUGUGUUUUCGAGAAACCAGAGAAGAAAAACUCUAUUGCCAUGCCUGGCGCCAGUGUUGAGCGCUUGUCUCGUCUCGAGGGUCAAUAUUUGGUGAUGCAAAGCCAAAUGAUUGGCAUGCAAUCCUCUCUGGACCGCAUUUUGUCCGCUGUACAGAGUCAGACCUAUGGUACUCAGCACCAAGGUUACUCUGGGGGCAUGGCUUCCGGGCCUAGUCGCGACGGCUCUGCAUUUGUGUCGCGUAACGGGUAUGAUACGCAUGGACAUAUGGGAGGGCAAAGUUCUCAGCCACGCUCCCAAACAAGAUCAUUCCCGCCACUUCCAGGAUUUGCUCCACCGCCCCAUAAAUAUGCGACUUAUGGCAUUGUGCCCAGCACCACACCAUCCUCAGAUGAUGAGUCUGAGGAAACGCUGCCUCGUGCCUCGCUCAACGCGCCCAUUGAAGCUCUCCAAGGUUUGGCAAAUGCCGCUGCAGAAGCAGCCGCUGCGCCAUCGGCAUCACCACCAAGAGUUAAAAAGCGCCCGCGGGUGGAGCCCAUACCUCGGAAUGCUUUCCCACACGUCAUUGAAAAGGGCCUUGUCUCCGAAAGUGAGGCGCGCGAGCUCUAUCAUAUUUUCUUUGCUGGGUGUCAUAUCUUCAUACCCUUGUUUGAUCCAAAUUAUGACACAUUCGAGAGUCUUAUGGAGCGCACUCCAUGGACAUUUGACGCGCUACUUGCCAUUGCAAGCAAAAUCAGGAGUGGAAAUGGGCCGCUCAGCUCAACGUUCUACAAAUGUCUGGAAGAAGCGCAGGGCAUUGCACGUUCGUCGUUAUUUGGCCCGAUAGUUCGGAAGGAAGCUGUUAUGGGGAUGCUACUUUUGGCUGCAUGGAGUACAAACGGAUGGCUCCCUAGUGGCCACGCAAUGCGGAUGGCGUUGGAUCUUGGUCUUCAUCGAGCAUUGGAGAAGCUCGCUGAUGAUUCAGGCAAAAAACGCAAUGAGGAAGAGGAGCGUGAUCUGGUUGUGUCGGCGCGUAUCUGGCUAUGCCUGUACUGGUUUGAUCACCAGAUGAGCCUUGGCACCGGUCGCCCUAUCGUGCUGCGAGACGAGAGUUCCAUCCGACACUGUCGCAUUCUUCUAUCGCACCCGAUGGCAUCACCGACAGAUGUAAGGCUAAUCUCGCAAGUGGAGCUGAUCGCUCAAAAAACUCAAAUCUACGAAACCCUUGCGCCUCUCAAUGGGCAGGUCAAUCACAACACGCUCGCCUUCAUCCGACGUGCCAAUGUUGCUCUUGACAAGUGGUGGCAGGACUGUGAUAAUCUUCAUCGCCAAACAAUGGAUGAGAACUCUCUUCCACGCAAAAUACUCGUCGGGGAACUGCACUAUGCUAAACUCUGGCUUGUCUGCGUAGCUCUUCGAGGUGUAUCGUGGGACAAGAUGCCUUUUGAGCAGCGUGAGCUCGCGUUCCAGGCGAAGGAUGCCGCUUUCAACUGCCUCUCUAUUUUUCUCAACUCAGCUGAGUACCGAGCGGCCUUGAGAUAUGCAGUUCACGACAGUCUCGUAACGGCGGCAUUUUCUGGCCUCUUCCUGCUCAAGAUGGCCAAUUUAUUCCCUGCUGAGCUUGAUCUUGCAGCGAUCACAGCGCAAGUCGAGCAGCUUGCACAACUUCUCUCUGAUGUUGCAGCCGAACGUUAUGCGCUAACGCUGCGGAUAAUGCUCGCCAACCUCCGGCGCAAAGUCGGAAUGAUGGCAGGGCUGGGCGCGCCUAUGACCACCAUGCCCCCACCGAACUUGGGUGAUGGAAUAAUUACCCAAGGUCCAGGGCCUUACAUUGAUUCGUCGGGGAUGUCUGCGCCUUUCACAAUGGAGGAGCUAGGUUUCGCAUGGCCGAGUGACCGUGCGAAGUUCAGUCCGAGCGCGAUACCUAUGUGGUUGCAAGAGAAGAACCUGACGGACCUGGGGUUACCGGUGAACGGCAGCGAUGGCAUUUUCAUGGAUGUCAAUGGUAUGCAUGGCUGGAGCGGAGACUUUGCGCCGAUGCCGGGGGCUUGGUGAGGGUGCGACUGUACAUAUGGCAACAACGUUCCCGCUUGCUGAGCUGAGGGCUGGUAAUAUGCAUGAUUAUUUGCGUCUGAUAUUCUAUGUCUACGCUUGUCCUGACUGCUCGCUUUACUUGUUUGUGAAUCCGGUCAUACUUGUUUUGUGAAUCGGU